GGCCGGGGCUCCCCCCCCCCCCGCCCCCCCGCCCCGCUGGGCUCGGCACGGCGGCGGCAGGGCCGAGCUGUGCGCUCCGGUACCGGGGGCAUGGAGCCCCCCCCGCGCCCCGCCGCCCUCCUCGCCCUCCUCGCCCUGCUGCCAGCGGCCACCGCAGCCGUGCCCGUGGACGUGCUGCAGACUCUGGGCAUGAAGGACGGCCGGGACGGCGUCACCGUCACCGCCGGGAUCUGCACCCAGCGCCCCGGCACCGAGGACCCCGAUUUGGCUUUCCGCGUGGAUAACCGCACGCAGCUCAGCGCGCCCACCCGGCAGCUCUUCCCCGAUUCCUCCUUCCCCGUGGAUUUCUCCAUCCUGGCCACGGUGCGUGCCCGGCGCGGGGGCCAAGCUUUCCUCCUCUCCAUUUACGACGAGCGAGGGGUGCAGCAGCUGGGGCUGGAGCUCGGGCGCUCGCCCGUUUUCCUCUACGAGGACCAGGAUGGGCACCCUCCCCCCGAGCUCUACCCCGUUUUCCGCAAGGUGAACCUGGCCGACGGCAGGUGGCACCGCGUGGCGCUGGCUGUGGAGGGCACCAACGUGUCCCUGCUGGUGGACUGCCACCUCCUCGCCACGCUGCCGCUGGAGCGAGGACCCCGGCCCGUCGUCAGCACCGAGGGGGUGACGCUUUUCGGGGCGCGCCUGCUGGAUGAGGAGGUGUUCGAGGGUGACAUCCAGCAGCUGCUGAUCGUGCCGGACCCCGCGGCCGCCCACUCCUACUGCCAGCUCUACAUGCCAGCCUGCGACCAGCCCCUGCUCUACCCGCUCCUCGCCCCCUUCCCGGAGGAGAGCGGCCCGGAGCCCAGCGCCGCCCCGCGUCGGAAGGGCAAGAAGGGCAAGGGGAAAGGCAAGCGCAAGGGCAAGGGCAAGAAGAGGAGGAACAAGGAGCUGCAGGAGCAGCACGAAGCCCCCGAGCCCCCCCCCGAGACCAGCCAGGUAGUGAGGGGCAGCACAGCCACCCCGACGCCGCCAUCCCCGGAGGACAGCUCCUCGCCACCGGUCCCCUCCAGCCUGGCCACCACCGUGAGCGUCGCCCUGAACCUCACCGAGCCCUUCGAGGACGCUGGCGAGGAGCUCGUGCUGGAAUUUGGGGAGGACGGAGCCGCUGGGGCUGCCAGCGGGGAGCCACCGGGCUACGAGGACUACUCCGACGGGGACCCCGCGAGCCCGGAGCGCUUCGGCCCCGCCGAGCGGGAGGAGACGGUGAUCCGGGCUCCCCAGGUAACGCUGGGGACGAGGACCGGGACCCCCUUCAGGCACGGCCGGACGAGCUGGGGCCACGGAACCCAGCCUGAAAGGGGACAAGGGCGAGCCGGCCGUCGUGGAACCGGUGAGGUCGGCGAUUUGAGGGGCCGCCGGGACCCCCGGGCCCUGCGGGGGAAACAGGGACCCUUGGGACCACCGGGGCUCCCAGGGCUGCCCGGAGACCCCGGAGAGCAGGGCCCCGCGGGACGGCCGGGGCUGCCAGGAGCCGAUGGGAUCGCUGGCCCCGCCGGGACCAUGAUCAUGCUGCCGUUCCAGUUUGGGGGAGACUCCCUCAAGGGCCCCACCGUCUCCUUCCAAGAAGCCCAAGCCCAGGCGAUCCUGCAGCAGGCGAAGCUUGCCAUGAAGGGCCCCCCCGGCCCCAUGGGGCUCACCGGCCGCCCGGGUCCUCUGGGUCUACCAGGACACCCGGGCCUGAAAGGGGACGCAGGGGACAUGGGGCCGCGGGGUCCCCGGGGACUGCAGGGACCCCCGGGACCACCGGGGAAGCUGGGCAGACGGGGUCGCGCUGGAGCAGACGGUGCCAGGGGACUCCCGGGGGACACCGGACCCAAGGGUGACCGGGGCUUCGAUGGUUUGCCGGGGCUACCAGGGGAGAAAGGCCACAGGGGUGACGUGGGGAAGCCAGGACCUGCGGGCACCCCCGGGGAGAAAGGAGCCAGGGGCUCUGAUGGCUUGCCGGGACCGCGGGGACAACCGGGGGAACCCGGCGUGCGGGGGCUCAUCGGUUCCCGGGGUUCCCCCGGCCCCCCGGGACCACCGGGUGCCAGCGGCAUCGACGGCGCGCCGGGACCCAAGGGCAACGUGGGAAUCCAAGGGGAGCCGGGCCCCCCGGGACAGCAAGGAAACCCCGGUCCGCAGGGUCUGCCCGGCCCCCAGGGCCCCGUUGGGCUGCCGGGGGACAAGGGCCCACGGGGAAAGCCGGGAAUCCAGGGGGUGGCUGGGGCCGACGGACCCCCGGGUCACCCUGGCCGAGAAGGGCCGGCCGGAGAGAAGGGCCUCCAGGGUCCCGUGGGUGCCCCGGGUCCCGUCGGCUAUCCGGGACCCCGUGGGGUGAAGGGAGCUUUUGGGGUGCGGGGCCUGAAGGGCAGCAAAGGGGAGAAGGGUGAAGAUGGAUUCCCUGGCUUCAAGGGCGACAUGGGUCCCAAGGGCGACAGGGGUGACCAAGGCUCGUUGGGACCCCGUGGCGAGGACGGCCCCGAGGGGCUAAAGGGGCAAACGGGUCCCAUGGGGGAACCGGGUGCUGCUGGCCCCGCGGGGGAGAAGGGCAAACUGGGGGUGCCGGGUCUCCCGGGCUACCCGGGCGCCAGGGCCCUAAGGGAUCCGCUGGCUUCCCGGGUCCCGUGGGGCUGGCGGGAGAGAAAGGGAAGAGGGGCAAGGCUGGCCAGGCUGGGCAGACGGGACAGCGAGGGACCCCGGGCCUGCCGGGGGAGCGAGGGCUGCCCGGCCCCACAGGGAAACCUGGCCCAAAGGGAGAUCCUGGCCACGACGGGGCCCCCGGCGUUGUGGGGGAGAAGGGCCCUCAAGGUCCGCAGGGUCCCCACGGCUUCCCGGGCACCAAAGGGCCCCCUGGCCCCCCCGGGAAGGACGGCUUGCCAGGGACACCCGGGACAGCGUGGCGAGCCGGGAUUUCACGGCAAAACCGGCCCCCCCGGCCCCACGGGGGUGGUGGGACCCCAGGGAAAAUUGGGCGAAACGGGGCCGGUGGGCGAGAGGGGGCACCCAGGCCCCCCCGGCCCCCCCGGGGAGCAGGGUCUGCCCGGAGCUGCUGGCCGAGAAGGAGCCAAGGGAGACCCCGGCCCGGCUGGUGCUGCAGGGAAGAGCGGCCCCCCCGGCGUCCACGGCUUUCCCGGCGGGCGGGGGGCACCCGGAGAGACGGGUCCUCCAGGCCUGAAGGGUGGCGAAGGGCCCCCCGGCCCCCCCGGCCCCACGGGCUCCCCCGGCGAGCGAGGCCCCACGGGGGCCGCGGGAGGCAUCGGUUUGCCCGGCCGGGGGGGUGCACAGGGCCCCCCCGGCCCCUUGGGCGAGAAGGGGUCCCCGGGCGAGCGGGGUCCCAUGGGGCCGGCCGGGCACGACGGGAUCCAGGGCCCCCUGGGGCUACCGGGCCCCCCCGGCCCCCCCGGCCCCGCUGGAGAGGAUGGGGACAAGGGCGAGAUGGGGCUUCCCGGACAGAAGGGCAGCAAAGGAGACAAGGGCGAGGCGGGCCCCCCGGGACCCCCAGGAAUCCAGGGACCCAUCGGGCACCCCGGCCCUGCGGGAGCGGAUGGGGAGCCGGGGCGCCGCGGGCAGCAGGGGAUGUUUGGGCAGAAAGGAGACGAGGGAGCGCGGGGGCACCCCGGUUUGAGCGGCCCCCCCGGAUUGCAAGGCAUGCCGGGCCCCCCGGGUGAAAAGGGCGAAAACGGCGACGUUGGCCCCAUGGGACCCCCAGGAGCGCCAGGACCCCGUGGGCCGCAGGGACCCAGCGGUGCCGAGGGUCCCCAGGGAAUGCCAGGCGGUGUGGGACAGCCGGGGGCCGUGGGAGAAAAGGGUGAGCCCGGUGAAGCCGGGGACCCCGGAGCCCCUGGAGAGCCUGGCCCCCCCGGUGUGAAAGGAGACGUGGGGGAGAAGGGAGACGCGGGGCCAUCGGGGGCAGCCGGCCCCCCCGGCAAAAAAGGCCCCCCCGGAGAGGAUGGAGCCAAAGGCAACCUGGGUCCCAUUGGCUUCCCAGGGGAUCCCGGCCCCCCCGGAGACCCCGGCCCACCGGGUCUGGACGGGGCUGUUGGAGAGAAGGGUGACGGUGGGGACCCCGGCCUGCCGGGUCCGCCGGGCGCAUCAGGGGAACCGGGACCCCCAGGCCCCCCCGGGCGGAGGGGACCCGUGGGACCUGUGGGGCGCGAGGGCCGUCAGGGCGAGAAGGGUGCCAAGGGGCAGCCCGGCACCGAGGGGCCACCCGGGAAGACGGGACCCGUGGGGGUGCAGGGACCCCCAGGGAGACCGGGAUCCGAAGGGCUGCGGGGGAUCCCCGGCCCCGCGGGCGAACAAGGCCUCCUGGGGGCACCGGGACAAGCAGGACCACCCGGCCCCCUGGGUCCCGUGGGAUUGCCCGGCCUCAAAGGAGACCCCGGCCACAAGGGAGAGAAGGGCCACGCCGGUUUGAUUGGGCUCAUCGGACCGCCGGGGGAAAUGGGGGAGAAGGGAGACCAGGGGCUCCCCGGCAUCCAGGGCCCCCCAGGACCCAAAGGAGACCCCGGUUUGGCUGGCCCCAUCGGCCCCACCGGCCCCCCCGGCCCCCCCGGGCUGUCGGGUCCCUUGGGCCAGAAGGGCUCCAAAGGCUCUCCGGGCGCUCUGGGUCCCCGAGGUGACACCGGCCCCCCAGGCCCCCCAGGACCACCGGGCCGCCCGGCUGAGCUGCUCGAGCCGCUGCCCUCGAGCCGGAGCGCGAGGCACCGACGGGCAACCCAAGGGGCUCGGGGCGAGCAGGGCCCCCCCCAGGACUACGAGGGGCUGGAGGAGGUGUACGCCUCGCUCAGCUCCCUGCGCACUGAGGUCGAGCAGCUGCGGAGACCCCUGGGCACCCCCGAGAGCCCCGCGCGCGUCUGCAAGGAGCUGCAGCUCUGCCACCCCCACCUGCAGGACGGCGAGUACUGGAUCGACCCCAACCAGGGCUGCUCCCGCGACGCCUUCAGGGUUUUUUGCAACUUCACAGCCGGCGGCGAGACCUGCCUCUUCCCCGAGAAGAAAUUCGAGGCCGUCCGUCUCGCUGCCUGGAACAGGGAGAAGCCGGGGACGUGGUACAGCACCUUCAGGAGGGGCAAGAAGUUCUCCUACGUGGACGCGGACGGGAACCCGGUGGCCGUGCCCCAGCUCACCUUCCUGCGCCUCCUGAGCGCCAGCGCCCACCAAAAUUUCACCCUGACGUGCCAAAACGCCGCCGCCUGGUACGACGCCCGCGCCGCCUCCUUCGCCCGCGCCCUGCGCUUCCGCGGGGCCAACGACGAGGAGCUGGGCCACGACCACCCGGCUGCCCCCAUCCGUGCUCUCCACGACGGCUGCCAGGAACGCCGUGGGCAGGAGCGGACGGUGCUGGAGGUGUCCUCGUCCCGCGUCGAGCGGCUGCCGCUGAUGGACGUGGCCGUGGCCGAUUUUGGAGAGGCCAACCAGAAAUUCGGCUUCGAGCUGGGCCCCGUCUGCUUCGUGGGCUGAGCACGGCCCCCGGACACGGGUGGGCGGGGGUCUCGUGCCCCCCCCCCGCCACCCCCUGCGCCAGGGACAGUGCCCCAGGCUCUGCUCUGGCAUUCUCAGGACUCGGAGCCGCCGCAGCGCCGUCCCCUCCUGCCCUCGUGGGCCCCCCCUUAUUUAUACUGCCGGCUCCUCGAGGCGGGAGGGGGGCAAAGCUGGGGCAGGGCACCCCAGAUGGUAGGGAGGGGGGGCCCGAGCCCCCUCCCCGUGGUGCUACAACGCUCCCUUAGUGAAGCACUGGAUGUGCCCUCGGCACGGCGACACCGAGAGCCCCAACACAUGGGGACCAGGGGGCCACCGGAUCCGCGCCCCCCCUCCCGGUGCCAUCACUGGGGAUACGAUUUUACCGUGGUCUCCUGCGUGGGGAGCCCCCUGCCCAUUUUUUUUUUUUUUUUUGGGGGGGGGGGUCUCCCCGUUUCACCGUGGGGCAGAGCUGGGGAAGCUCGGUGCCGGUCCCGGUGCCGUUACUGUACGAUAAAGCGACUGUAUGGAA